AUGUUCCUUGCAAAUAUCGCUGGUAUUCGAGUUUUUGCUACAGGUGGCAUCGGUGGUGUGCACAGAGGAGCUGAACAAACAUUCGACGUUUCUGCUGACCUAUUAGAACUGUCACAUACACCACUAACUGUCGUUUGUGCCGGUGUGAAGAGCAUCCUGGAUAUCUCGAAAACCGUCGAGUUUUUAGAAACACAUUCGGUCAAUUGCAUAGUUUUUGGAGAACGUAAUGUGUUUCCUGGGUUUUUCAGUAGAGAAUCCCAUGCGAAAGGGCAGUUCAACACGGAAAAUCUCGCAGAAGUGGUUGAACAUAUUGAAACAUCAAAAGCAUUGGGUUUAAAUGCGGGGAUGAUUCUUGCAUGCCCUAUUCCGAAAGAAAUGGAAGACGAUGGGAACGCCAUUGAGGCUGCAGUACAGAUGGCACUAAAUGAAGCCAGAAUAAAAGGUAUCCAGUCUAAAGAAGUCACUCCAUUUCUGCUGUCGCGUGUAAAUGAGCUGACCUGUGGAGCAUCAGUGAAGCUCAACAUUGCCCUUUUGGAAAACAAUGCUAGAAUAGCCGGAAAGUUGGCAAGUUUACUGUCAAAGUCGAAAUUGGGUCAAAAUUUUCGAGUGGUGCGAGAUAAUGGAAAGGAUUCAGAACAAAAAUCGAAGGCAAAAAUUGUCGUAGUCGGAGCCACUAUAAUCGAUUUCGAGUCAAUUACUAAUGAGGACGUUAAGAUUUCAAAACAUGAGAACGUCAUUUCAUCUGCUGACUUCGUAUUCUUUGACGGGAACAUUCCAACUGAAACCAUUCGAAAGAUUCUUGACUUGUCUGCAUUCUAUAAUAGAAAAGUUUGGUUUGAUCCAACAUCCAUUUCUAAAAUGCGAAAAAUCUUCGACUGUGAGGGUAUGAAUCAAAUCCAAGUAGUCUCUCCGAAUGCCAACGAAUUUAUGGACAUGGUAAAACGUAGCAGACUCAGAAUAACGCAUGGCAUUGUGUUCGAAGGUUUCGAUUUCAGCCUUAAUAGCGGCAUACUUGCUGGCCUGGUGAACGGACUGCCACUUGAACGUUGCCUGCAAAUUGGUCAGGCAUGUGCCGCGCGAUCACUGCUGAGCGUUGAAACCAUAUCCCCUUCCAUUUCUCCCGAAAUCAUCUCUUCAUGA